GUAUAAUUGCAGUCACAUGUCGCGACCAUUAUCAGGCAAUUCUGGUUCUCCUCAACUUGACUACUGAACCCUCAGAAAACACCGCAAUUCCGUUUCUUCAUCGCUGAAAAUGGAGCCAGUUGGGAUCAUUCUGCUCGUGCUUUUUCUCUUCAUCAUUAUCAUGGGUCCUUUAGCAUGCUUCAGAAUGAGCGUGCGGAGAGCGUCGGAGAAAGUUUUCAAUCCCCAACCUAAUCAACUGGACAAUGCGCGUCAAAAACUUAGCACCGUUACAACCUCAACGGCCAUUCCACAAGCGAAUCCCGAUCCCACCCCCGAUAUUGAAGCUCAGACUCCACUCUCCGGGUUCGGUGAAUGUCCCAUCUGCAUAGGUCCUCUUGUUCCGGAACCAGUACAUACCGUCAACGCUGACCCACGUCCGAUUCUCGAAAAAGUUUCAACGGUAACGUCUCACGAGACAACAAAUCAAACCAACCCCGGUCCAAGUGUGCAAACAACAGCCGAUGAAACCAAGGACGACAUCUUGACGAUGAAUACGUGCGGGCAUUCUUUUCAUUCAAAAUGCCUUUCUUCUUGGUUUUUGAUUGAACGAUAUGAUUGCCCUGUAUGCAGAGCGCCGUACUACAAAGGGAUACCACGUCGCGAAGGAGCUUUGAGCGUGACACCGUUCUGGUGAUAACCGCCACACUUGAUUGAUCACUAAUCUCAAGUUUAAAUUGGUCCAAGAUUGCUUUGCCAAGCCAAACAGCGUCUCAUUCAACUGUCAGAGCAUAGCUUGAUGACGCUUACAAGCAGCCUGCAGCAAUACGGAUUCCUGAUUAGUCCAGCCUCAGCCACAACAGUUACUUUUCAUCAUCUCGAUGCCGAAUAUUUGAAUGUUUCAGUUGUUUGGAACUUUUUCGAACGCUUCUACGGCCUCCUCCGAUUAAAUUCAUUGGCUGCGCUCAAUUUGUUCCGGAGUAUCUGCAGUCUUCCGUUGCUGGGUGGUUGAAGCGUCACAGCGGAGCAAAAGCUGGUGACAUAAUACGUACCGCCACCAUGGAUCGGCGAUCAUCCCGCCCACCCAAGUCUAGAUGACUUCAUCGCCAUCAACAAAGCCUGGAUCGAGGGA